AUGAAGGCAGAUAGUUUUUAAACUAAAUUCCUAGCACAAUAGAUUAAGAAUAAAAUAGAUCCUAAAAACUAUUACUCCUCUUUUAAUCUUGGAACCAGCGUCUUCACAUCUAAAAUGAAAUCAGAAGAGUCAAUUGAAAAAAAACUAUCUGUUAGUUAACCCAUGUCUCCUAGUUAUUUAAAAGCCAUGAGAGCCUUGUAGGAUAGAAUCAGAACUCUAGAAGGGGAGAAUGGCAUUCUCAAUGAGUAAAUCGUAAAAUUAACUCGUUUAAUAUUUAUAGAAUAUAUCGUAAAAUUAUUGUACAACUGCUCAUGUUAAAAGUAAAUAAAGAAACAAAGUCGAAAAACUAUUAAGUACUAUGACUAAGAAUGAUGUAUUUCAAAAAGAUAAAAAUGAUGAAAAAGAUUAAAAAAUUAAGGAACUUGACAAGAAAUUGAAAUAAUCAGAAAUUGAGAAUGAGGAUAAGAUAGCCUACAUUCACUCUGAUUAUAAAUUUUAGAUUAGUUAGAAUGAGUCAAAAAUUCGAGAAUUAACAGAAGAGAUUAAUAAUAUGUAAUGUAAAUAUCUUAAUAUAGAUAACAAUAAUUAAAUUUGAAUUUAGAUACAAAUGAGAGUUAUAAAAAAAAGAUCACUUAAUUAAAUUAAUAAUUGCAAAAGGAAAAAUAGGUAAAUCCAUUUUAUUCUAUAAAUAGAUUACUCUAAACUAUCAAUUACAAUUAGAUACAUUUGUAAAAAGCAGUAAAUAAUGGAAUGAGAGCAUGUCCAAAAUGAAUCAUGAUAUUAAAUUAUAUAAAGAAUAAAUCCAAGAGUUGUAAUAAUAUUUGGAUUGGUAUACUACUCAAUAUCCUGUUGAUAAAUUCUAAUUUAUGGAAUUGGAAAUAAAAUAAUUAUAAACAAAAAAUGCUGAUCUAGUCAACUAAUUGGAAUAGCAAAGAUCCUAAAAUUCACAAUUAAUUUCUGAUAUUUAAUUGCUGAAGCUAUAAUAUGAGAGAAUUGAAUCACAAAAACAUAAGUAAAUAGAACAAUUAAAUGGCAAAAUCUUUGAAUUAUCAUUAUUAGUAUAAAGACAGGAAUCAAAAGAUCAAUAGUAAUAAACUUCGAAUAAAAAGCAAAUCAAAAAGUUUUCCAUUACUCAAGUUACAUAAGUACCUACUUCUGAGCAAGAGUAAAUUAAACAAACAACAGAUGAUGACACUAGUUUCGUGAUUGUUAAAAAGAAUAAUGAAGAUACUCAAGAUUAUGAGAAUAUAUCAAGAUAGAUAAUCAAAUUGGAAUUGAUGUUGGAGGAACUUGACUAGAAAUAUGAUUAAAUUGUAAAACAAGCUUAAAUUGAGACAGACAUGAGGGUGAAGUAAACAUUGAGAUAAGAACUUAUUUAAAUCUUGGCAUAAAUUAAGGAUAUAAACUAAUAAAUUAAUGUACUGAUUUCCUAGUAAAAAUCUUUGAAAACUAAAUUAUGA